AUGCCUGCGCCGGUUCCUGAAGCCAACCUCUUGGGGGAUCUUCUGAGCUUGAAGGGAAAAGUGGUUGUUGUCACGGGUGCUUCUGGCCCCAAAGGUAUUGGGUUAGAGGCAGCACGGGGAUGCGCUGAGAUGGGUGCCGAUGUGGCCAUCACCUACCUAAGCCGACCAGAAGGCGGGGAGCAGAAUGCAAAGGAGCUGAGGGAGGUGUACGGUGUCAAGUCCAAAGCGUACCGUUGUGACAUCAACAACUGGGACGACGUCCAGAACCUUGUCCGCAGUGUCCUCGCCGACUUUGGCAAAAUUGACGGAUUCAUCGCCAAUUCAGGGCGCACGGCGAGCAGCGGCGUCCUCGACGGAUCCGUCCAGGACUGGAAGGACGUGGUCGACGUCGAUCUCACGGGGACGUUUCACUGCGCAAAAGCCGUUGGCCCCCAUUUCAAGGAGCGAGGCCGUGGAAGUCUGGUCAUCACGUCGUCAAUCUCUGGCCACAUCGCCAAUUUCCCGCAAGAACAAACUUCGUACAACGUCGCCAAAGCGGGAUGCAUCCACUUUGCGAAGUCACUCGCGAACGAAUGGCGCGACUUUGCCAGGGUCAACAGCAUUUCCCCAGGCUAUUUCGACACGGGUCUUUCGGAUUUUGUGGAUCCCAAAAUCCAGCAAAUGUGGACGUCCAUGAUCCCGCUCGGCCGCAAUGCCGUGGCGAAGGAGCUCAAGGGCGCCUAUGUAUACUUCAUAAGUGAUGCCAGCACAUAUACUACCGGUGCAGACCUCGUGGUGGAUGGCGGUUACACUUGUCGGUGA